GGCCAUUUAUAUUGCAGCUCAUCUUGCAGCUCACAUUGCAGCUUAUAUUGCAGCUCACAUUGGAGCUCAUGUUCCGAUUUAUAUUGCAGCUCACAUUGCAAUUUACAUUGCAGCUCAUAUUGAAAUGUCUAUUGCAGCUCAUAUUGCAACUCGAAUUGCAGUUUGAAUUGGAGCUCACAUUGGGAUUCAUAUUGCAGCUCAUAUUGCAACUUAUAUUGCAGUUUAUAUUGCAACUCAUAUUUGGAGCUCAUACUGCAGUUUAUACCGCCACUCACAUUGCAGCUCACAUUGCAGUUUAUAUUGCAGCUCAGACCACAGCUUAUAUUGCAGCUCACGCUGGGAUUCAUAUUGCAGCCCAUGAUGCAAUUUAUACUGCAGCUCACUUUGCAACUCAGCCCACCGUUUAUAUUGCAGCUCAGGAUGCAGUUUAUAUCACCAUCAGUCUUGCAGUUCGUUUCUGCUGCCCCACUCCUAUUGUGACCCACAUUGCAGUCCCUAUUGCAGCUCAGCACUGCAGUUCGCACCACACCUUCGCGCUGCAGUGCUGCUCUUUGCGUUGCAGUUCGUCCUGCAGCUCCCCACGCACUUCACACAGCAGUCUGCAUUGCAACACUGCCAAUCACGGCGCGAUUUGCAUUGGAAUGCACGCUGCAGUUUACGCUGCUUUCACAUUGCAAUCGCAGCUCCGUCCCCCAUUGCCCCCCCCCCUCCCCCCCCCCCAUAACAAAACUCCAUCGCAGUUCGGGCUGCAAUUCACGCUGCAAACUCCACACCAGGAUUUCUGCUGCAGCUCCCAUUGCCACCCACAGUGCCACGGAUGCACACUGCAGGAUACGCUGCAACCUGUGUUGCAACCUCCAUUGCAAUGCAUAUUGCCCCCCCCCCGCGCCCCCUGCAUGCCCCCCCCCCCCCCCCCGCGGAGCUUCAGCCAUGGAAACCCCCAUUGUAUGUAUGCAAACCCCCCCCUCCUUACAUGACAAUGGGUUUUGAUUUUUCUUUCUUUCUCGCUGAUUUGAGGAUUGUUAUUAUGGGGUUGGUUUUAUUUGCCCCCCCCCCCCCCCCUCCCGCCCCCCCCGAAGCGAUCCUCCCCUAUGCAAAAAAAAAAAAAAACAAAAAACAAAAAAAAAAGGAGGAAAAAAAAAAAAAGGAGAGGAAAAAAUAUUAAUAAUAAUAAUUAAAAAAAAUUAAUAAAAAGCCGGAAAAAAAAGCAAAAAAAAAAAAAAAAACAGAAAAGAAAAAAAAAAAAGACGAAAAAAAAAUGUAUAAAAAUUAAACAAGCUCUGCUUCAACUCCACGCAGCGUCCGCGUCUGAUUCCGGGGGGGAAGGGGGGGGGGGACACGGACGACACGGGUGGGCGCUGUCCGACUUGGGUGCCCCCCACGCGCGGGUGUGGGCAGAGGGAUAUGGGGGUACAGGGUGCAGUGGGGGAGGGGGUCAGGGU